AUGGAGAACGCAAAUCCUACCAGCGCUAUCCCACUCGAUGCAGCGCCGACUUUUGAAACGGCAACAGACGAUCCGCUCAGCAAGAAUGAAGCACCACGACAAUUAGCCAAUAUCAAGGUGGCGAGGAAGCGCACCAAGACUGGAUGCCUGACUUGUCGACAACGUCGUAUCAAAUGCGGAGAAGAAAAGCCUAUUUGCAAGAAUUGUACAAAGUCAAAGCGUGAAUGCAAGGGCUAUGCGCAGCGGUUGAUCUUCAAGAACCCCUUGGGUAUUCCCGGAGUACCAAAUCUCAUUCCAACUCAGUCUCAACCUCUUCCGAGUCAAUACGAGGGCGAAAUUGACCUGCAGCAUCUGACUUCGGCCGGGACCCAUGGUCCAAUUCUCGCCCCCAAGCUCCAUACGAUCCCUGAUUCGGCACAACAGCCUGCUCCUCAGUACUCAGCCGUCUAUACACAUAGUAUAAGUCAUGAUGAUGCUGUUUUCGCUAAAGAAUUUACCGUCCCCGCUCAGACGCUACUUCCAGAACCACCAACUCGUAGAGUCGCGGAUCAAGCCGCACCUCAUAACCAGCAAAGACAGGAGUCUGCCAGCUAUGAUCAAUUUUCUAUCCGCGAGCUUGGACAACGUCAGCAGGGCACUGAGGAUUGGGUCCGCCAAGAGGUUGAGACAGCAGAUCUUCCCCAGCUUUUACAGAUACCGCAGAAACUUGUUCCGGGUCCAGUGAACUACGAGAGUACAUUGCCUGCGCAACAAUAUGUCGAACCACACAGAGUCCCUGCGCCGAUGCAGGUGGGGUCCUCCAUGACUCCUUUGUCACCCUUUGAAUAUAUGGACGACGACGAUGACGACCCAUAUGACGUGGAAACAGAUGAGGAAGCAGAAGAACAGGUUAAAAUGCAAAACUUGAACCAGCUCAACAUGGUCAUGGCUUCCGCGCAUCGGGACGAAAAGCAGCUUCGUCUUUUUACUACCUACUUGGACGAGCCUAAUAUGCUAGCCACCUAUCAACCGACUUUUAGUUCAUCCCCAUUGAAUAAUCCCAAGACUGCCCGAAUCUUUCUCCAUUUCAUUCACGCUACUGGCCCAGCCUUGUCAGUUUUUGAGCGGCAUCCGAUUGACCCUUCGAUGAGAUUUGGUGCUCCUGUCCCCGUGGCACAGCAAGGUCUUUGGACAUAUACUCUCCCUUUGAAAGCAUUUGAUCACCUAGGCUUGCAACAGGCUAUGCUAGCUUUGAGCAGUCUGCAUAUUGCCUACCUUCAAGGCACGUCAAGUGCAGUCUCUCUGAAGCAUUAUCAAUACGCGCUUCGAAGAGUCGGAAAAGCCGUCGGACUUCCCGCGCGCCGGAAGCAGCUAGGCACGCUCGCAGCCUCCCUUCUUCUAGCCUACUAUGAGGUGAUGACUGCCGAUCAUAUCAAGUGGAACAACCAUCUCGGAGGGUCAGCACAGCUGCUUCGCGAAAUCGAUUUCGCUGGCCUAACCCGUGACCUACGCGCUCAGCGACGCAGCCGAUGGCUUUCGCAGAGCCACGUUUAUGGUUCCUUCAUGGACAAUUAUUUGUUUAGCAACCCCACUUCUAGUGACGACCCAUUUGCGGAACUGGAGAAUGAAAUCGACGAGAACAUGAUAGGCAUCUUUCUAGGUCGUGCGGUCAACUACGACCAGUUUGGGCAAGUCGAGGAGGAGCACGCAAGGUCUCGGAAGAAACACCUUUCUCCUAAAGAUAUUGAAACUCUUCGAAUCCAAAGUGACCUCUAUUGGUGGUUUUGCAAACAGGAUUGGCUCCAGAGCAUUAUCAGUGGCCAGCCAUUGUUCCUACCCUUCUCUCAUUGGGGCCAAUGCCCUCCGCGUGCGCGCUUAGGGCGGCUUGACGCGAUAUACGGCUCUGCCGACCAUUUGUCAUUGCUGAUGGGUAGAUUGGCGGACUUUGGGGUACGAGAUAGGAAACGAAAGAUAAAGCUAGAGAAGGCUGCCGGGCCCGGCGGUUGGCGGCCGGACGCAAGAUUUGGCAUGUUUAUGGCUCAGUAUGGUCCUCCAAGACCCGGAAACCAAGGGAAGGGGCCCUUUGGACCUCCGCCGCCUGUCACAGCCGGACCCCAUCAUCCCGCGGGCUCAGGGCCGCCCCCGAACGUGUAUCCCGGGAACGGACCCACUCAAAGCACCAGGGGAAGUAAUAUGAAUCCUCGGGGGCCACCAGGUGGGUCUUCAGGUGCUCCUCCUGGUAAUCCACCCAUGUAUGGCAUGAUUCCUUCUCUUGGACCGAGGGGAUUGCCUCCUGCCUUCGCGGCUUCGCUGAAUGAUCAAAAUGACUUCCUGGAACACAAAGAGGACGAGGAGGAAGUAUCAUACGAAGAAGCUGUGAGGGAAUGGGAGGAUAUAUUUGCAGCGUUCGACGCAUUUGAGCAAUCACUAGGGCCCGAUUUCAUGCCUUUACCGGCCGACUCCACUAUACCGAUCUACUCGCCGUUCGGGCCGGCUCUGCAAUAUCGUACGCACAACAUUGGCAGCCUAUGGGGCUUUUAUUAUAUCGGUCGAAUCCUUUUGCUUCGGCUGCAUCCCUCAAUGCCACCCGCUAUGAUGGUAGCGGCAGGGUACGCAGGUGCCGCGACAGCGCAUCACGCUCAGACCAUCGGCAGGAUUGCGGCUGGUAUAUAUGGCCCGCAGUCUCAACACCACGGAGUUGAGGGGUUCAGCCCAACAUUGGGUUCCUGCUUAAUCGAAGCGUCAGUGGCUCUCUUCUUUGCGGGCGUACAGUAUGUGGAUCCUGACCAACGUGAAUGGACCAUAACCGUUCUGGAUGAUAUUUCCCGCCUUACGGGUAUCAAGUCCUCAGGCGCGAUAUCCCGAGGCUGCAAGACAGCUUGGACGGCCGCUUCAAAGCGGCCCGGUGGCCCUCCUUACAAUCCUGACCCGAGGCCUGAUGCUCACGACCCACCAGCCUGGAAAUACUACGAAAAGUUCGAAGCUAAUACCGAGAGACGAUGGGUGCCUGUUCCCAAGACCAGUCCUGGGCCCCUCACAUGGGCAAUGGGUAUUUUGAGCGUCGAAGAUAAUAUUCUCGAAGAAACCGGAUAA